UCUCCACCUCCUACACAGUUCAGAAGAAGAUCUGUGUGCAUUUAUCCUAGGCAUGUUUGGAGACCCAGAAGGGGAUGAAAGUAGUUAACGUGCAACGGGAAUCUUCACUUCAUGCUCUAACCUGCACCUCUGAACUGACCUUGCUGAUAUGCUGCAAGCUAAAUAUUAGACGAUUUUUUGAUCGAAUUAAGUCCAGCCUGAGGAGAAGAAACUGUUAAAGAAAUGUCUCAAGUAUACUUGCAUCCAUCUAAUCAGACGUUGUGUGCAGCUACAAAUGGUACAGAACUGAAAUCAAUCACUGAUAAUGAAACAACAAAUGAAAAAUGGACCGAAGACUCCUUUCCAGGAUUAGAAAUACUGUGCACAAUUUAUGUUACAUAUGCUGUGAUCAUUUCAGUGGGUCUCCUUGGAAAUGCUAUACUCAUCAAAGUCUUUUUCAAGAUUAAAUCAAUGCAAACGGUUCCAAACAUCUUCAUCACCAGCUUGGCAUUUGGAGACCUGCUGCUUUUAUUAACUUGCGUGCCCGUAGAUGCAACACGGUACAUUGUGGAUACCUGGAUCUUCGGAAGAAUUGGGUGCAAGCUGCUGUCUUUCAUCCAGCUAACAUCAGUUGGAGUAUCAGUGUUCACGCUGACUGUUCUCAGUGCUGACAGGUACAGAGCCAUUGUUAAGCCCCUGGAGCUGCAGACCUCGGACGCACUCCUGAAGACCUGCUGUAAAGCUGGCUGUGUCUGGAUUGUCUCCAUGGUACUUGCCAUCCCCGAGGCUGUUUUUUCAGAUUUGUAUUCUUUCAGCAACCCUGAGAAAAAUGUAACGUUUGAGGCAUGUGCUCCUUAUCCUGUAUCUGAGAAGAUACUGCAGGAAGUGCACUCCCUGGUUUGCUUCCUUGUGUUCUACAUUGUGCCAUUGGCUGUUAUUUCUGUCUAUUAUUUUCUUAUCGCCAGAACUUUAUACAGAAGUACAUUCAACAUGCCAGCAGAAGAACACGGUCAUGCCCGUAAGCAGAUUGAAUCCCGCAAGAGAGUUGCAAAAACAGUGCUGGUACUUGUUGCUUUGUUUGCCUUUUGCUGGUUGCCCAACCACAUCCUCUACCUAUACCGUUCUUUUACAUACCAUGCUUCUGUAGAUGCUUCUACCUUUCAUCUGAUUGUUACUAUUUUUUCCCGUGCCUUGGCCUUCAGCAAUUCCUGCGUCAAUCCUUUUGCUCUUUAUUGGCUGAGUAAAAGUUUCCGCCAACAUUUUAAGAAGCAAGUCUCGUGCUGCAAGGCCAAGCUUCGCACAAAGCCUCCCAGUGCUCCCCACAGCAAUUCACCCCCCAGAGCUCUGUCGGUCACAGGCAGCACAUAUGGCUCAGAAAUCAGCGUUACCCUGCUGACAGAUUACAGCAUCACAAAAGAAGAGGAAAGUGUUUAGUUCGUUGGUGAGGAAGAAGGACAGAAGCUGAAAGUUUGCAGUCAAGUCACUACUGUCUGCGUCAUGGAAGGAGGUGCCAUGCCUUGAUCUGCCUCUGGAAGGAUUUUCAUCAGGAGUUCCUAAGUUUUUCAGAAUCCACAACAAAGAAAGCAAAGUGUAUGUGAGAAGAAGCUAAAGAGGCUGACAUUUUCAGUGUGAGCUCAAAGGAAUUGCUCAUGUGCCCAAGCAUGAACAUGCACCCUUGGCUGAGGUUUGUGUGCUAAGCAGAACCGGAGACAGCAAAACUGCUGUGAGGAUUGGCCAUGGGGAUUGCUUUGUUCUUGGUGAUUUGUUCUUUCACUUGUGACUGGAAGCUCCCUUCCAUCAAGUACCUGCACCUAAAGCAUGAAAGCAAAACCAUGCAUAUUGAUCAAACCAUCAGCUUGGCAGGUGUUUGGUUUAUUUCCUUUCUUGUCCCAGAUACUGAAAAUUGAUACAUGCAUUGGGAAAUAAGCUAAAAUGAGAGAAAGGUAAAGCUUGUAGCACGGUGUAAUAAAAGGAAAAAGCAUUAUUGUCAGAUCCACAUUACCCUUUGCUCCACCAGAGACUCUGAAAUUCUGGGCAGGAGCUGACUGCAGUGAAAGGGAUGCUCUCUCUACAUCAUAAUGAACCAGCAGGUCACUGUCUGUCCUGGUCAGCGAUAAUCAUCUUUAGCCACAUUUGUAAAAUUCCUUUUGAUCCACAGAUAAACGUAUCAACAAGAACAGUGUUCUUCACCGCUAUAGUGAUUUUACAUCAAGAGUUGCAGUUUGGAUUUGCAAUGCACUUUCAAAGCAAACUGCCCAGACAUCCCUGCCUGCCUUACUUUGUUCUGUCUCCCAGAGCAGCCUUGGGUGCACAACUUUGAUUUCUUUCAGAGGAAACUGUUCAGUCCAUGGGAGCAGACGGGAGCUGACAGCCCUCAGAAGUGUAGUGCAUGAGUGCCAAGAUGAUCACUUCCCUCCACAGACCCUCCCCUGCUGCAGCGCCCUGGUUGGCCAUGUGGCCAUUUCUCAAUCACCUGCACAUUUCUAAGCAUGCUGAAAGGGCUGGGUUUUUCCAUUGUACUAGCUGUUAUGAGAAUAGCCUUCUCAUCUCACAUCCACUCGUUCCGAUAACACAAGACAGUGAUGGCCUAUCACUGGCAGCCUCUAUAUCCCUAGAAAGCACAGCAGCUUGUCAGGAAAUAACAGGAAGCAAAUCUUCUGACCCCACCUUACAAAAGUGUUGCAUGACACUUGUUUUUAUUAAGCUGUGUACCCUGAACAGAAAUUUUGUUCUGUGGGGGCUGGUGGUUAAAAAAACCACAGUGGAUUUUCCAUAAAGUAAGGGACUUCUAUCUCAAAAAAAGAAUGUGUUCGUUAUGAGAUGCAGAAAAUCUCUUUGCAGUCCCUCUCUUCUGACUGCCCUUGUCAGAAUAAUAAAACCAAACUAGAAAUCCCCAAGGUGUUGGAAUUCAACCUCUGUAGCCCUCUUAAACCAGUUUAAUGAUAGCCCAUCAAGCCUGGCCUCGUAUUACUAAUCUCUUCACAUUACUUGCUGCAAGGCGAUAAGCACUAAUUAUUCAAAUGGUGCCUCCAUUUUAUUGCAUCAGUUGUACACCACGAUAGGAUCACAGCAGUAAAUGGAAACCUAACAGCACAGAAAUGCAAUUUGUGGCAAAGUGGACUCCAGAGACCUUAUUUUUGCAUUUUGUCUGAACAGAACACAUUCCUUGGUACUAUGCUACAUACAAGUAUGUACAUAUUGCAUUGAUAUUUUCCCAUUCUCGUUCUGUUUAGUGGAACUGCACAGUGAGAUAAAGAUGAGUAAAUAAGCCUACGCCUUUAACAGCCCCCUUUUCUCUUCCUAGAUCUUUCUACAGAGAAUUCUAAAUAAAAGAAAGAUCAACAAACAUCGCACUUCCUUACACCACUCUUGAUUCCUGCUUAUUAAAGCCUUUAGCAAAUAAUCUGCCACAUGUUUCUGGACUUCACAGUUUGUCUUUGUCCAAAGGCAUAUUUCCCACUGCAGAAUCCAUGCUAUACAGUAGGCCUUAGAAACCCCUGCUUCCUAAUUCACCACUUUCUUUGCUUUGCAUGCAGAUACUUUUAGCUUGUGUAACGACUCCUCCAGCUGGAUGGUCUAUCUAUUGCUCAUACACUGUACCAGAAAAUUGAUGUUUUUACUACAUGCUGCACAUAUUUCAAGCCAUAAUUUAAAUACUCCAUGUACCUUAUGCUUCAAUAAUUCUAUACUUUCAAACCUUCAUGAGAUGUUGAAUUACAGUGAUAUAUUGGACAAUAUUUAUUUUUAUCUGAACAAUCUGAUGUUAUCCAUUGCAUCUAUUUAUCCAAUAUAACCAUCCAUAAAACAUCUCUGUGUUACCAUUCAGGGAUAAGGGUUGCUUCAUUUGGUGUAUUUUCUCAGCACUGAAAAACAGCUCUCUCAGCCCUAAGUAGUACAAGUGUAAUUCUACAAAAGAAUAUAGAAAGGAUGUCUAUUUACAGAACUAUUCAGUGUCACUUAGCAAAGAACUGGUGUGAAGAGUCUGAAUUUUACUACUUAUACCCACAAUGAAAUAAUAUGCAGAAGAGAGGUACAAAAUACAGGAAGGCAAGACUGUAAAAAGACUUGUUCAUAUGGAGUUUUACUUGGUAAGUAAAUACUAUUUUUAGGGUUUGGCUUUUUACAGUUUGUUUUAUACGUACACAUUGCCAGAUUUCAGAUUCAGAUGUAACAAACAGUGUUUUUGUUAGCAACAGGUUAAGUAUGAGUGCUCUAAUUUGUGCUUUACACACACACACACAAAGAACAGGAGAAUGUCAAAGCACGGGUACUGUAAAACAAAGUGCAUCUCCAGCAAAUGGCAAUGACUGUUAAAGUCACUUUAUGAAACUACAACCACUUUAUGGCUCGCCCUCUUGUUUCCAAAGAAAGCAUCAUUUUGUUUUACACAGUUAAAUAUGGGCUGCCUACUGAUGGUCAUGCGUUUCUGCUAAGAAUAACGUCCUUAAAGAAGCAGCUAAAUUUACUUACAAUUACAGGACAUGUACAUUUCAGUCAAGGGUACUUAGAAUUAAAAAAAGAAAAAAAAAAAAAAGAAAAAAUAAUAAGGUACAGGCUCUGAUUGGUAUUUAGUUAUGGCUUCUGCCACAGCUGAUCCACUCAGUGAAAGGUGAACUAUUCAGAGGGAUUUCCCCUGUCAUCUUAGGAAGGAGUAUUUAAUUUCUAGCACAUCUACAUCCAGCAGUGUUUUCACGCUCUCAUUAGCCUGCGUGUAAGAGCUGCAGGCCCCAAGCCCAGGGAAAGUACACAGGAGUAACCUCUCUGUAAUCAGUAUUUAAUGCCUCCCAGAUACGACAUAGCAAAGCAUCUUCUUAAGAAAUGAAGUGUUACAUGUUUACCUAUCAUCUAGUGAAUUGCUGGUUCUACUUUAAUAAAUAUCAGAAUGCUUUAUUAAGCCAAGAUCUUGGUACUUUUAGUAGGUGGCAUCUCUGGAACAACAUUCAGUACUGAUGAAUCAAGAUUUCCUUUUAUCACUUAGAAAAGUCAAACACAGAUACAAGAUCAUAAUUAGAAUACAAGCUAAUGCCUUCUUUUACUGUUUGCUUUGAGGUAUUUUGUCAUUUACAAUGUCAUUUCCUGACAUUCCAUCCCCAAAACCUGCAGCUCAUCCUUUCCCUGCUGCAGCAGCUGUGCUUGUGCAGCCACGAAUUCAAUUAUUCCAAGAGUGCGAUUGAGGCAAAUGAAAGAAAAAUUACCAGUUUUCAGCUGAAUUAGCUCCCUGAGCUGGCUCACUGUGCAGUUGUUACUUGAGAUGACGAGAACAGAUGGCAGUGACAAGGUAAGAAGCUACUGGAUGUCAGCUGUUCUGCAGUAGCUGCCUUCACGCAUGGCGUUCCCUGUGGGAAGUGAAAAGGAAUCCGAUGUAGUUUGUCCUCAUCUCUGCAGCAGAAUUAUACAGACCAGACUCACCAUGCAGGAACUGCUGUUUGGUAGCUGGAUAACCUGGCUGCACACAGCCAUGCUCUUUCUUUUAGCACUCUGUGGGGAUUAAAUUUGGAUGUCCUACUCCCCAGAAUAGUGCUUGGAUGACUUUAGCAUUUAAAGCUGUGAUUACCAUACUCCCAAACAUAUAUCCAAUUCAAACCUUGCAAAUAAAUACUUAGGCCUAUUGAA